CAGUGCGCGCGCUUCCUCUUCUCAUUAUUUGUAGUAUCCUGCAUAUCAAUGUAGCUAGUUAUUUUUGUAUUAUUUGUCUCUGCUCACAUCUCGUUACUUCAUGCUUACUUUCCUGUUCUCCGCCGUUUUUUGCGCCACAUACCUGUCUCCGAUCAUCAGUCAUGUUAAAGGCAGAGACUUCACUGAGCAGGAAAUGUCUCAUUACAGGGACAGAAUAAAGUCAAUGUUUUAUCAUGCCUACAACAGCUACUUGGAAAAUGCCUAUCCUUAUGAUGAGUUGAGACCACUGACAUGUGAUGGACAGGAUACAUGGGGCAGUUUCUCCCUCACACUCAUUGAUGCUUUGGACACAUUACUGAUUUUAGGAAACCACACAGAGUUUCAGCGUGUGGCCACUCUGCUUCAGGACACGGUUGACUUUGACACUGAUGUGAAUGCGUCUGUGUUCGAGACAAACAUACGAGUGGUUGGGGGGCUUCUGUCGGCCCAUCUGCUUUCCAAGCGUGCUGGGAUGGAGGUUGAGGAGGGCUGGCCCUGCUCUGGACCCCUUCUGCGCAUGGCAGAGGAUGCUGCCCGCAAACUGCUGCCUGCAUUCCAGACACCCACAGGGAUGCCAUAUGGUACGGUAAACCUACUGAGGGGCGUUAAUCCCACUGAGACACCAGUCACCUGCACUGCAGGAGUGGGCACCUUCAUCCUGGAGUUCUCCACCCUCAGCCGACUCACUGGGGAUCCUGUAUUUGAGGAUGUGGCUCGCAAAGCUCUCAGGGCGUUAUGGAGAACACGCUCGGACAUUGGCCUGGUGGGCAACCAUAUAGAUGUCAUCACCUCUAAGUGGGUUGCUCAGGACGCAGGGAUCGGGGCUGGAGUGGACUCAUACUUCGAGUACCUUGUGAAGGGAGCCAUCAUGCUGCAAGACGAGGAACUGCUAAAUAUGUUUCACGAAUAUGAUAAGUCCAUAAAGAACUACACUAAGUUUGAUGAUUGGUAUCUAUGGGUGCAGAUGCAUAAGGGAACAGUGUCAAUGCCUGUGUUUCAGUCAUUGGAGGCAUUCUGGCCAGGAUUGCAGAGCUUGAUAGGUGAUAUUUCCAGUGCAACGAAGACCUUCCAUAACUACUACACUGUGUGGCGUCAGUUUGGAGGUCUCCCAGAAUUCUACAGCAUUCCUCAAGGGUACACGGUGGACAAGCGAGAGGGCUACCCUCUACGCCCAGAGUUGAUAGAGAGUGCCAUGUAUCUGUAUAAGGCCACUGGUGAUCCAACAUUCAUUCAGCUUGGCCGGGAUGCCAUUGAGUCAAUAGACAAAAUCAGCCGUGUGAACUGUGGUUUUGCCACUGUGAAGGACGUAAGGGACCAUAAAUUGGACAACCGUAUGGAGUCCUUCUUCCUGGCUGAGACCAUUAAAUACCUCUACCUCCUCUUUGAUCCUGAGAACUUCCUUCAUAACACAGGCACAGAUUUUGAACUCGGUGGUGUGCAGGGAGACUGCAUACUAAGUGCGGGGGGAUACAUCUUUAACACGGAGGCCCACCCGCUGGACCCCGCGGCGCUCCAUUGCUGUAGCCGAGACCAAGCUGAACGCAGGGAACUCCAGGACAUACUCAGUUUCUCAGAACAACUCAGGCCUCCCAUGGACCAGUUAGAUGAGACUACAGGGGACAGGGACUCAAGAAAUGGUGGCUCCCGAGAGAGCAUAGCACUAAAGCCAGGAGAGAGAAGUAAACCUGUGCUCUCCUGUCCCACUCAGCCUUUCAGUGCCAAAUUGGCUGUUAUGGGUCAAGUGUUUUCAGACAACUCAUGAACAGACUUUAUUCUCAACAAUGUGGAAUGAUGUAGAUUAUGUUUGUAAUUUAACUUUGGAAAGAUUAAAUUUUUUCUAAAUAUGUGUGGAUUUUUUCCCACCACCUUUUAUAAAAAAAAGUUUUAGAAGACAAAGUUGCAUUUAGUACUGUCAUUUUAAUAAUAACACUUUCAGAAAGUUUUCAUCAAAACAUUUCAGGUUUGGAUUAAAAGAAUCGCUAAAAUAUAGCUGCAAGCAGCAAUGAUAGGGUCAAGCAAGACAGUAGGCAGACUCAGGCAGGGUAUGGUCAAAGUGGCACUUUCAAUACAACAUGGUGUGUGUAAUAAAUUGCAUUUUAUGUAAGAAUUCUAUGGAAAAACUGGUAUGAUUGUACUAUGUAUGACCUAAGAAAACUAAAGAGUGAUGAUUCAAAAGUUAUGAGCAAAAAAGCAAUUUUUGGCAAUUGCCAAGUUUCAUUCCAAUGUGCCAAAAUGUUGUGAAGAUUUAGUCUCACAUACAGCUUGAUGUCUUAAUUCAUUACUGUUUUAAAUGCAAAAAGGUUGGU